CUGAAUGGCCCCAGAUCUAGUGAGAAGAAAAUAGGCAGAGGAGUCUGGACUGAGUGGCAGUUCCUUCUGGUAAAUGCCAUGGCUGUUGUUGAACCUUACCCUGGAAUUGCUACAGGAGCGGUUAAAAACACCCAUAAAGUGCUGACUGUAACCCUGGUUUAGUUUCAUAUUAGAAGGGCUCUAGGAUCCUGCACCUUGUCCUAGGCUUUGGGAAACCAGAUGCCAGGAAGCUCAGUCAUUAGCAGGUGGGAGGAGCUAAAGCUUUUGGCGUUGGUAGCUGUUUCUGAGGCAGCAGGAGGUCCCAGCAGAGCCAGCGAGCGCGGGGGUGUUUGGGCAGAGUAGGAUCUGUGCCUCCUGGGCUGGCAGACCAACCUGGGUACCUCCUGCUGCUUCUCUGGUGAACGAGUGAGUUGGCAGGAGUGAGGCUGGCACGGGGCAGUGCCCAGCCCCCAGGAGAAGGCCCCACCAGGCUGUGGAGCCCAGCUAUAGGGAAGCCUGAGGCUGGGCUGCAGAGAUGCCGUGUAUGUUGGGGGAGCUGCCCUGCCCGUGGCCAGGGAUGGAGGCCAAUGGCAGCCUGGCCAGCGAGAUGGGCUCGUGCUUCCGCAGCGCCAACCUCAGCACCAACCUCAGCGAGAACGGCAGGAAGCUGAUUGUCUCACGCUGGUUCUCCACUGCCUUUGGUAUCAUUGGCCUUGCCUCCAACCUCUUUGCCCUCUGUGUGCUGGUCAGCUCCUCCCGGAAGAUGCACAGCCGCGCCCGUUCCUCCUUCCUCAUCUUCCUCUGCGGCCUGGUGGUGACGGACUUCCUUGGCCUGCUGGUGACCGGGACCAUCAUCAUCUCGUACCAUUUCACCAAGUUCGACUGGAUGGUGGUCGACCCUGCUUGCUACCUCUGCAACUUCCUUGGCCUCUCCAUGGUCUUCUUCGGCCAGUGCCCGCUGCUGCUGGGCGCCACCAUGGCCGGGGAGCGCUUCUUUGGCAUCAACCGCCCCUUCUUCUACUCCACCAGCAUGUCCAAGCGCCGAGCCUGGUUCAUGGUAGGCAUGGUCUGGGCCUUCUCCUUCUCCCUGGGACUCCUGCCCAUCCUGGGCCUGGGGGACUAUACCCUGCAGUAUCCCAACUCCUGGUGCUUCAUCACUCUGCUGCAUGAUGCCAAGAACGUCACCUUCUGCCUGAUCUUCGCCCUGCUGGGCAUCCUGGCCGUAGGCCUCUCUUUCCUCUUCAACACGGUCAGCGUGGUGACGCUCUGCCGGGUCUACCAUGACCGCGAGCCAGUGCAGAGGUGGCGGGACAGCGAGGUGGAGAUGAUGGUGCAGCUGGUGGGCAUUAUGAUCAUUGCCACCGUCUGCUGGUUACCCCUGCUGAUAUUUAUCAUCCAGACGGUCCUGCAGGAGCCCACCCCCAGCUUGCUGCCCCGACAGAUCCCACGGAAGACCGAGGAGAUGCUGCUGAUCUACAUGCGCAUGGUCACCUGGAACCAGAUCCUGGACCCCUGGGUCUACAUCCUCUUCCGCAGGGCUGUGCUGAAGCGCAUCUACCCCAGCCUCAAGACAUGGCCCUCCAUCGUCUCCCUCUACCCUAUUCUCAACCCCUCGCUGCGCAGCAAGUUCACUCAGGAGUCCGUGCUGCAGUAGCGGAGGGCAUCUGGGCAGACAGUGAGCAACGGGCCCAGAGUAGGCACUGCCAGGGCCACCUGCUCAGGGGGGCACGAGGGGGAGACAAGCCCCAGCCCUGGACUCAGCCUGCCCCAGGGACAGCAAGUUUGGGUUAGCACCUGCACCAAU